ACGUCAUCUCCGGUGUUCUGCCAUUUUGCGGUUGCGGAUCCGUGUCGAGCUGCUGUUGCGUUUCCUCAUCGAUCACCGACAACAAAACGUCCAAUUUUAUUCCGCAACCGGUCACAUUUAAACGAUAAAAUGUCAGAUUUUGACAGUAACCCCUUCGCGGACCCGGACUUUAGCAACCCGUUUCAGGAUCCAUCAGUGACACAAGUAACGCGGACUGCCCCUCCUGGUUUGGAGGAGUAUAACCCUUUCACAGACUCAAAACCGUUGCCACAGGGCUCCGGUCCUAAAUCAGUCCCACCUACAGCAAACACACAGCCGGCCAUCAUGAAGCCCACCGAAGAGCCGCCUGCGUACACCCAACCUCAGCAAACACAGGAUCAGGUGCGAGCCCAGGCGGAGUUAUUGAGAAGACAGGAGGAGCUGGAGAGAAAAGCCGCCGAGUUGGACCGCCGGGAGAGAGAGAUGCAGUCGCUCAGCGCAUCAGGAGGGAGGAAAAACAACUGGCCCCCUCUUCCAGAGAAGUUCCCGGUGGGACCGUGUUUCUAUCAUGACAUAUCAGUGGACAUCCCUGUGGAAUAUCAGAAAACUGUAAAGAUCAUGUAUUAUCUCUGGAUGUUCCACACAGGGACGCUGUUUGCAAAUAUAUUCGGCUGUCUGGCGUGGUUCUGUGUAGAUGCAACAAGGGGAGUGGAUUUUGGACUGGCCAUGCUCUGGUUUAUGUUGUUUACACCCUGUUCAUUUGUCUGCUGGUACAGACCUCUUUAUGGAGCAUUCAGGAGCGACAGUUCAUUUAGGUUCUUUGUAUUCUUUUUCAUCUAUAUCUGCCAGUUUGGUGUUCAUGUGCUACAAGCCAUUGGCAUUCAAGGUUGGGGAGCUAGCGGUUGGAUCUCGGCGCUGACAGGACUCAACACCAAUAUUCCUGUUGGGAUUAUUAUGAUCCUGAUCGCUGCUCUCUUCACAGCGUCGGCUGUCAUCUCUCUCAUCAUGUUUAAAAAGAUCCAUGCCCUGUACCGGACCACCGGUGCCAGCUUUGAGAAGGCGCAACAGGAAUUCGCCACCGGCGUCAUGGCCAAUAAGACGGUGCAGACUGCCGCCGCUAACGCUGCUUCCAAUGCUGCCCGGGGAGCCUUUAAAGAGCAGAUCUGAGAGCUUCGACCCACCCCUGCGCUCUCUGUCCAAGCUACUCUGACCUCCCAUCUCCUCCUUAUCAUUUCUCCUAACUGUACUUACAGUCAUUCAUAAGCCAUGACUGGCUGCUCAACACCACACCACUCUCAUUGACUUAAUGCACUCCUGUGACUGACUGAGACCCCGCCCCCAGCCCCUCCCCUCUUGUCAAUCAUCAGGUGUGCUCGCCUGGUCUUUAUUUUGAGCGUGUGUGGAAUGCCUACCUACUCUCGAGUGUGUGCUUAUGUGUGUCAAGUUGUCACUUUAUUUGUUCAUGUCGCCGAAAAACAGGAAGUGAUGUCCGUGUUUGGAUCCAAGGAGAAGAGAACGGUUUUUGCCCUCACAGGUCUGUCUUACCGAUCUGCUUUAAAACAAACACACACGCGCUGAAUCUCACAGAAACACUCGAGGACACGACCGGGUCAUAUACAUAUAGCAUCUCGUAUAAAUUGGAAAAAAAAUAUUUGCAAAGUAUGAAUCAGAUACAUCAUAGUUUUAUUUGCUGGAGUUAUUUCAAUUUAUGCUGAUGGGUGCUUAAUUGUAAUGAAAAUAAUACCACAAUGUUGGUCUUGAUGCUCAAAUUAUUGGUUUAGUUAUUGGAGUGAAAUGCACCCAAGCAUUUCUUCCUCAAAAAACAAAACAUCAAAUGACUUUUCCCUGUUUUUGAGCCAGCAUCAUUACUUGGAGUAUCAGCUCAGAGGGUCUCUAUACCUGUAAAUAUAUAAAUGUACAUAUAUAAAGACGUGUAUGAUGAUAAAGUAUUGACUGAUUUUAAACAUAUGAAUGACAAUGAAAGCUUCCUGGUUUCUUUUCAUAGUCGAAUUGUUGUGGAAUGUAAAUCAAGUCUUGAAUAUAAAGGUAAAACACUCGGGAUGUGAUCCUGCACAUGCAUGGAAAGCCUGCUGACUCUUGUUUUUGCCAGGCUUACAUACUUUAAGAUAACACUUUAAUGGGGAUAAAAUAAACAAUCUUUACAUCACACCCCCCUAUACUGCACAUUGCUGAAGACACACGACGUGUGUUAGUGUAAGACCGUGCCGUGUUGGGCUGGAUCAGUACCGUUAGAUUACCUGAUGUUGGAUCCUUUAGACUUUAGUCACGCAGGUGCUGUAUUUAAUGAAAUGAUAGACAGGCUGUU